AUGACAACCAUUCGCGCCGCGCCGGUGGCCCGCGCGAUAUCCCACGGGCCGUCGCCCGUUCGCGCGCCGGAAACCCGAGCGGUUCUCGCCCCGCGCGCGUCUCGGGCCCGUACCGCCGCGAAGCUGGGCGGCGGCUGCGUCGCCCAGCCCCGGGGCGCCUCGCUGACCGCCUCGGCGACACGCGUCGCGAGGCGAAAGUACCCGGAGCGCGAGCCCGACGACGACGACGAUGUAUCCGCGGAAUCGCCCUCGGCGUCGUCGGAGGCGGCCGAGGAUCCCCCGACGAAGCCCGGCUUCGACGCGGAUGGGAAGAAGCUCAAGUGGAUGGAGAUUUUGGAGGAGAGCGCCGAGUUCGACCCGGAGAUCAAGAACCUCCUCGACGGCGCGGACUCGAACCCGGACGAGGUGGAGAAGCGCAUCCGCGAGAGGUUCGAGCAGCGCAAGGAGCGGAUCUACCAGGAGAGGGAGGGGAGCACGGUGCCGAUGCUCGUCAAGUUUCGCGAGUUCAAGUCGCAAAACCUUUGGAUCCACCUCGAGUCGCACAACGCCAUCAGCGACAUGGAGCAGCCCCUGCUGGACGAGGUGUUCAAGGCGUGGUUCGUGCUGGGCAAGCUCGGCGGGUUCAACUCGGACAAUAUGCAGGUCCAGGCCAACUUCUUCGAGGUGUCAAACAUGGAGUACGACAUGGACCAGGCAAACGGCGACGGCGACGUCCCCACAGCCGUGUUUCACGCAAUGGGAGGACCCGAGUACAAGGGUCGGUGGUGCCGAUGCUGGUUCGACCUGGGCAGCGCGGACGAGAUGUGCGUGGACGUGCUGAUCAACUCGCUGAUCACCUUCAGCAGGGAGUAUUUCGGGUUGAAGACGCUGGUCAUCGGCGGCGAGAACGUGCUGGAGGAUUGGCCGGUGCAGGAGAGCGAGUUCUACGUGGAUGAUUCGCGCGAGAUGGAGAUUGAGAUGGGUCCGUUCAGGCCGCCGCCGCCGGGAACGGACAUGGGACCGAUGGGAGGCGCGGGAAUGUCCAGGUAA